AUGUUGAAACAACUUGUAUCCAUUGCAUUGGCUGUGACUACAGUGGCUGCUUUUGGCGGUAUUCGUAACGAUAUUGCCAUUGUUCAUGGAAAUCUCUCUACUGGUAUCUAUGCCGACAGUUAUUUAGCCCCUUUUGCUUCCGAAACCGUGGAAACACCUUAUGAAUUGGUCGAUGUACAUGAAGACCUAAUUGAAAAACGAGGUGUCAUUUCUUCGUCUAUUCGCAAGCGCGCUGAUGACUGUCAAAAAUACCAUAAAAUCUCUGGUGCGGAUAACUGCUACACAUUGUCCCUCUUGUACAAUGUCGAGAUGGAAAGUAUCUUGUUAUGGAACCCUCAAGUCAAUGCCAAGUGUACCAACAUGUACAAUGGUAAAAACUAUUGUGUCCUGAAAGAAAACGACUAUAUUUUUGUCACCACAUGUGUUAAAACCCAUCAUGUAACGGAUUCCGAUACCUGUACUUCGGUUUCCAACAAGUAUGAUAUCAAGAAAUCCGAUUUCUAUAGCAUGAACCCUACUGUCAACAAUCCUGCUUGUAACAAUCUCUUGACAGGUGGUAAUGUUUGUGUCAAGACAGAGACCAAGGCUGUUCUCAAUAAGAUUGCUCGUCCUUCUUCUUCUACUACUACUACCCUUAAGAAGGCUACCAAAACCCUUCGUCGUACCAAAAGCUCCCGUGUCACAAGAAAAGCCAAGACUACCACAAAGAAAAAGUCCUCUGCUAAAUCUACCAAAAAGACCACUACCACCAAAAAGGCCACCACUACUACUACCAGAAAGACUACUACCACUAAAAAGACUACCACCACUACCACCACCACGACCACCACCACCACUACAGCGGCCAAGUCAACUGCUACCAAAGUUGUCAAGCUCGCUGCUGCCAGUAAGAAGCCCAAUCAACGUAAAUUGCUCCAAAAGAACUCUGCGCUUACCUAUUACUGGAUUGCUCAUCCUGAAGACUACAAGAGUGGUGGCAAACAAAUCACUGUCAAGACCUGUGAUGGUAAAUCGUUGGGCACUGUCUCUGAAGAAUAUGCUGAUGCAUUGGUGAUGGAAGGCACUGGUAUUGUUGGCAACAAGGUGAUUAAUCUUGGUGGUUGUACCUGUAAAAACUAUGAAUGCUUUAUGGAAGUAGACAAGAAAGAAGAUCCCUUUGGCUUAACCUCGUUUGGUACUGCUCUUCGUCCUUAUAUCACGAUUGCUGCUAAUGAUAUUGAUCGUAAUACCAAGAUCUUUGUGCCUGAAAUGGAAGGAUGGGAGAUUCCCGGUAGUUCCAAGAAGCACAAUGGAUGUUUGCUUGUUGAAGCUGGAGUUUUGAUGACAAUCAUAUUGAUUUCUACGUGUACCGCGAAAAGAAUUACGAUACAUUAA